AUGUCUAUACCGACCAUCGAUUUGAGCAAAGCGCAGAAUUCGCUCACUCGGGCUGAAGUACUCGAGGAACUGCGCCACGCGCUCCUCGAGGUCGGGUUCCUGUAUCUGGCGAACUACAGCCCUGUCUAUUCCACCAUCGACGAUCUUGUGCGCAUCUUGCCCCCGCUCUUUGGUCUGCCACAAGAUGUCAAAGAGUCGGUAGCACUGGUUAAUUCUCCCCACUUUCUCGGCUACAGCAAAUUUGGAUCUGAAACUACAGCCAAAGCCCAGGAUCACCGAGAGCAGUUCGAACUUGCGAAUGAGCUGGAGGACAAAUACGGCCGGGAUAACACGCUGCCAUUGUACAGCCGCUUGCAAGGCCCGAAUCAAUGGAUCAAGUCGUCCGACAUCCCAGCACUGCGCGAGAAGGUGGAGGCCUACGUCGCGGCUCUGCAGGACGUGGCGUCUCGAUUUCUCGCCUUGGUGGAAGAAGCAUUGGGACUACCGAAGGAUAGUCUGGCCUGCUUUACGGGCCCUCAAGACAGGUUGAAGCUCGUGCACUACCGGCCAGACUCGACCGAUGCAACAGGGGACGCGCACACACAAGGCGUCGGGCCUCACAAGGACAGCUCAGGCUGGAUGACGUUCCUGCUACAGGCGUCGAACCCAUCGAUCAAGGGGCUCCAAGCGCUCUCGAAGAGUGGCGAAUGGCUUGACGUCCCCCCUGUGCCGAACACGCUUGUUGUCAACAUGGGCCAAGCCUUUGAGGUGGUUACGAAUGGUGUGUGCAAAGCUACGACUCAUCGUGUCCUCCUCCCGCCGGGCGAUUACGAUCGGUAUAGCGUGCCGUUUUUCCAGGGGGUCCGUCCUGAUCUGACCAAAAGAGAUCUGCAGGCCUUGUGGCAGCACUUUGACCAGAAUCGAUGGCACACGAGCGAGUCGGCAGAAGGUCAGAGGAUCGACAGCCCGUUCCUCCAAGGACAAUACGACACCUGGGGCGAAGCACAGCUCAGGACGAAGAUCCGAAGUCACAGAGACGUUGGAAAAAAGUUCUACGCAGAUGUUUUUGACCGGUACGUCGAUGCUAGUUGA